AUGCCUCGACUCCGGGCCGCCUGCCCUCUGACUCUGAUCUGCCUUCUGAUGUGGGAAUUCUGGCGCGCUUUUGCGUGCGCGGUGCAGGGCGGCAUGGGGAGCGGCGGCGCCAGGCGGCAUUUCUUCCCGCUUACCAGCUUGCAAAUCGGGGAUUUACAGUCAUAUCUUGCAGAGCUCACUAUAUUUCUGUGCCCCGAUACCAAGAAGUUCCUUAUCUUCCUUGACAACCGUCCAUGGUUGCUAGAUCAGAAUACAAAACCUGCUCACCUGUGGCAAUUGAUGGUUACCAAGUCAAGAUUUUCUCCUUUCGCGAACACUAGAACUAGGAGAAAGAGAGAUGAAGGUGGAAAUAAGCUUGUAUUUUCAGAAUUCCCAACAUCUGCUCCACGUGUGUGGAAUCAAUCAUCCAGAUGGUAUACCCUGAUUGAUGAUACCAUGCGGAAAAAGAAGCUUCAAGUAAAUAAAUUGAAGGAUUCUCGCCUGCUGAAUAGGGAGCUGCAUCGGACAUUGUAUGGUUUUAUUAUUUUUGAGGUAGACUGGGCUGACGUGCGUGGCAUUAAUUAUUUAAAUGAGCUUCAGACUGAUACAUCAAUGGUGGCCGAAGCAAAAAUAAUGAAGAGAUGGGAAUUUGAUAGCGUCAAUCAAGCUUCAUCUUUAAUCACUUCUUGGUUCUCGGGGAAUUACUCAGAGUGUCAGCUCUUACAAGAUUAUUUAAAUAGCAUCUCUCCUAAAGGUGAUGUUUUUUAUGAUGCCCUAGAUGACUUAACACCUGAAUUAUGGGAUACUGAGAGUGUAAAGAGCGAUGGUGAUGAUUGUGGGGAUUGUGUUAGGGUGUCGUCAAGUUCCACAAGCUCAUCAUACACCCCGCCACCUUGCUCUGGACCUUACAAGAGAAGAAGGAUAACAAGAUCUGAUGCUGGAAGUGAUAUGUCAGAGGAACCAUACUCAGAAUUUGUGACUUCACCAAGAUAUUCAUCAUAUUCAUCUUCAUCAUGUUGCAGUGAUAAUGACAGUGGCAAGCCACUGGUGGAGCCUAGCAUAUACAAGGAUGUGCUGAUCUUGUUCCGAUUCAAUGAUCAUGAUCUGCCGUUCAGACUAAAGGAAGUUAUACUGUCUGAUGUGAGGCUCUUAACACUACUUGAGUAUGGUCUUCCUUCAUGGGUCAUUUUUCUUCAGUCAUAUCCAGUGUUCUGCAAGAUAUAUCGCCCAUGGAUGUGUCCUCUAGCCAGAGCACUAUACGUCUUGAUGUCAUUAAUUACUGUUCUUAUAGGAUUUUAUGACCUCUACAAGAAUGUACCAAUGUUGAAGGCAACUGCCUCUAGAUUAUUUGGCCCUUUGUUUGAUUGGAUAGAGACAUGGGAAAUGAUCUCAAGGCUUAAGUAUCUUGGAACCAUGCUUUUUCUGAACAAUUUCCAGCAGGCUUUUACAUGGUCUCUUAAGAUUGUACGUGCUACUAAGUCUGUUCUUAGUGUAUUGACAAAGCCAAUUAUGGGGCCACUGUUGGAGGUUCUUGAAUUUACCCUGCCACUAUGGAACCUUUGUGCUGAAACGGUUGAAUAUCUCAGUUCAGCUGCAAUGGUAGCGAUGGAAACAUCAUUCAGUGCGGUUGUCAGUACAGUUCAGAUGAUCAUGUGGCCAUUUUGGUUUAUCUUCAGUACGAUGUUUAAUAUAGCCAAUUCAAUCUUAUACCCUGUAAUUUGGUUCGUCGGAGAGAUACUAGCCGCACCUUUCCGACUUGUCGUUGCGCUAGCAAGUUUUGUAGCAGACUUCUUCGAUGAUAUUUUUGAUGUUUUGAGGCAGACCUGGUCAACAUUAAGUUCGGUGUAUCAAGUUGGUUCUGCAUCCAGAGCACCUGCGCUUACAUCGGAAACUACCAUUUGGGGAUCACUCUGGAAAGAUCUUCUGUACCAGAUUUUCCGUGCAGUCCGUAGCAUUUUGUACGGUUUUGUUGCCUUCUUUUCAACGUGCAAUAGGCACCGGCUCAGCAUAUACAAUCACAUAGAAGUUCUUCUCCGGCGCCUGUCCCGCGCCUUAAAUGGCACGCGACAUACCUCCUCUUGUGAAGGAGCUCAGAAGUAUACUAGUCAAGAUCAUCCUCUGUAUCAAAAUAUUAGACGUUUUUUGACAGUCAAAAAGCAUCUUGUAUUUUGA